AUGUGCUCUGCUGCAGAAAUGGGAGCAUAUUUUCAGGAUGAAUUACCCUUAAUAUCGGAUCAUCGACCUGAUUUUGAAGAGAAAGUAUCAACACCAUAUGGAAAUGUAAAGGUAACGAUUUAUGGAAAUCGGCAAUCAAAUCCAAUUGUUACAUUUCAUGAUAUGGCGCUAGAUUCAGAAACAAGUUUUCAAAAUUUUUUUCAAUAUGCAACGGCUGGGGAAUUUCUAUCAAAUUUCUGCAUCUAUAACAUCAAUGCUCCGGGUCAAGAAAUGGAUGCUGCACCACUACCGGAUCACUAUGUUUAUCCGACAAUGGAUGGUCUCGUUCAGAUUGUUGAUAAUUGUGUGGAACAAUUCAAAAUUCGAGAAUUUAUUGGUUUAGGUGUGGGUGUAGGUGCUAAUGUCAUGCUACGCUAUGCACUACAAAAUCAAUCAAAAAUGGACGCAUUAAUACUAAUUAAUUGUGUUGCAACAAGUGCAGGUUGGGUUGAAUGGUUCUAUCAACAAAUUAAUAUACGUUCAUUGCGCACACGUGGGAUGACAAAUUUUUCGGUUGAUUAUUUGUUGUGGCAUCAUUUCGGUAAUCACGUCACGUUAAAUCCUCCCGAUACUGUUCGUCGUUAUCGUGCAUAUUUACAGCAUCUUCCAAAUCCGAAGAAUUUGUCUGCUUUUAUUGAAGCUUAUCUAAACCGAACACCAAUAUCUAUUUCACGUGAUGGUACUAUGGGUCCAAAAUUAAACGUACCUGUUCUGCAAAUUGUAGGCGGUGACUCUGCAUUUGUUAAAGAUUCGGUAGAAUUGAAUGCUCGAUUGAAUCCGGCAGACUCAGAAUGGCUCAAGCUUUCGGGAUCAGGAGGGCUUGUUUUGGAUGACAAACCGGAAGGUGUGGCGCAAGCAAUUAUUUUAUUCUUACAGGGACGUGGUUUCGUGCCUACCACAAACGUGCAGGAUAUGAUACGCAAAAUUUCGGUACAAUCAACAUUUGAUGGUGGUGAGGAAGCGAUGACGGUGCUAGAAAAUGUAAACGAAAUGAAUUAA